AUGGACGUGGGCGGCGGAGAGGUUGGCAAAGGCAGUGGAAAUGUCGUCGGCGGAAUCCACGACCAUUCUCCAAACACCGACAAAAGGCGGCCCACGAGCAGGAGAAAGGCGUCGGGCCCGGCGGCUGCUAAGGAAUCAGAAGCGCAAGAUCUGGAAUUUGACGGCUCAGAGGAUGGCAGAGGCUGUGGAUACGUCGGCGGCGGGAAUGCUCUCCAAUUCAAGAAACCCUUGAACUGGCGCACUGGCAAAGCGAUCGCGGUCGCCGAAUCGCUACGAAGGCUUAAGAAUCUCUUCAAAGAAUUGAGAAGAUUGCAGCAGGAGGACGUGGACAAGGAUUCAGUCAAGACGAAGCAAGGCAAAGGAUCUCGCUCCGGAUCUGUGGGUAAUGCUGGCACGGUUGGAUACGGAAUAAGCAUCCUGUAUGCUGCAGACAUGCUCGACGUUCUUCACGAUCUCCGUCUUGCUGGUUGGUAUCUGGAAACGUUCGGACUUCUCGAUUUCUCCUCUGCAGACGUUGCGCUCAUCAUCGAAAAGCAAGUACUCCGCCGUUGCAAUCUCGGUAGUGAACAAUGUCACCUCUCCUAG